AUGCUUAUAGCGAUCACUAGUCAAUUUCAUGUUUCAGAUCGUGUGAAAUUCAAUCAAGUGCUGGCCGUGCCCUCUCCGAUUUUGUGGGAAUUUCAAAAAUUCACCGCAGAAAUAAACAGCAAUUUUUCCGGGAUAGUCCAAAUAGUGUAUUGUUACAAUGCAUCCAAACAAGAACCGCUAGUCAUUAAUCAGUUACACAACUAUAUAAAGAGAAGAAAACAGAAAUGCAUGAACUUACGCAUACCAAUCGGGUUUAUAACCAUGAUAUUCGCCGUGCUUAUGUCAGCCUUUGUAGUCUUUGACUUGGUGAGGCACAUGGAAGAAAACAAUGCCAUUACAACAGACGUAUUGCUCAAUAGGGGGGGAUAUGCAGAGCGCGAAAACUGCAUGUUGUUCUUAAACGAAGGGCAAAAUCCAAUUUAUGACAUAAAUAAGCAUGCCGAACACGAAAAUGCUUUGUGCUUUGUAGAAGACAUAUUAGAUCCUCUUUCAAAAGUGGACUUAAAAAUAUACUCUGAGAAAUUCGGUGCAAACGAAACAUCCGAAAUAGAGAUCAAGUACAAGCUUCUGGACGGGGAAAGUAUGCGAAACAACUUUGCUAGAUACCAGAAAAACUGUGUUUUUGACAAUUUAGAGCCAAUUGACGAGAAUUCUGCGGAAAUGUCCAGAUUUGCGUGUUUUACUCCAGAGCCAGCGUAUACGAGCAUCUAUGCGAAUAUAAUUGGAGACAGGAACUUCGUCGAGCGUAAGAGUGAGCUUUUGAAGGAUGAGAGUCUGAAAAAAUUCCUCUAUUUCGGGCGGCUGUCUUGCCUUUGGUCGGAAAAUUACUACUUAACACUAAGUAACCUGGUAUACCAUAGUUUUUAUCCAGAUUACAAUCGCCCCGAUUCAAUUAACACCAGGCGGAUUCAGCUUCUUGGAGGAGUUGCAUUCGUGUAUGACGCCGUGAAAUUUAACACAUUCAGCACGAUAGAGCUGAUAAUUUCAAGGUACCAGCAGACGUUGAGGGCUUUUAAGAAUGAUGUGAUCCAAAAAGAUGAUUUGCAAAAGCUAGCAGCAGCCCAGCUUAGAACAGAUGCGUACUCUCUGAUCGACUCUUUAGCUUUUAUAGGCUAUAUUGCCGAGAGAAUAAAUAUAAUGUCCAAAGAACAUGUGGAUUACGUUAAAGAAGGCAGCAUUUCGGCUGCAGCGGCAGGUACCAGAGAAGUGCAUGCGCUUGACUUCUCCAUCAUGAACAGCCUAAAUAGCAGCACCUUCGGAAAAGACAAUAUAUUCACAAAGCAGAAGUUUACCUGGGAAAAUUACGAGAACAUGGAUGCGAAUAUGAUCGGAGCAUUAAAAAAUGAGAUAAACACGGCUUGGGAAUCUCCGAUACCGAGCAUGAAAGAAGACUUGGAGGCGCUGAGGGAUCUUCUGAAAACUUUAAAAUCACGUUUGGGAACAGAUCAGACCUUUAUAUUGGUGAAAGGUAUAUCUCUGGAUAAGGUAGAUGCUGAUAGUGUAGAGAAUAUCAUGAAAGAUAUUCAUAAUAGGAUUUCAUGGCUGAAAUAUAACUAUGGUUUGGCCUCUAAAAAAUUCGAAAAAAAGAUAAGCGAUUUCUGCAAAAACAAAACAUCUGACUGUUUACCGGAUGUGCAUAAGCAUGAGUACAAGUCGAUGCCAGAUGACCCAAUGAAAGGCACAAUUACGCUAGAAAAUCACAGGAGUGCCUACGAAGAAGACUCUUCGGUAGACAAUGAUCCUUCCGCCUCAGGUGCAAGUGAUUUCGGCAGAACAAGUACUUCUACCGUAAUUGCUGUUUCUCUUGCAUUUCUAUACAGCAAAUUGAAAGUUUCCCAGCCCUGA